AUGUAUGAUUCCUCUAGCUCUGAACCAUGCAACCCUAACAGAGAAGAUCCCGUUGCUGACUCUGCGAAUACCUCACAUGCAAGAAGACCUAAAGAAACUGUAUCAGGCUUCUCCUCAGCAAUCGCUCUUGAGGAACGAACCAGAGAAGGUUCCGGGUAUGUUCACAAUGCCAUUGCCACUAUGGUGACUGCAAUACUGUCUGGUAAUCAUAAGGUCCUUGGGGUUUCCAUUCCCUUAAACACUAUUGAACCUGAUAGUGUUGCUUAUCAAGAAAAUACAGAGUCUUUAGGAAAGAAUGUCUCUGAUGAUGUUGAGCAAACUGAUGCUCAUAAGGAGUCAAAUGUUGACAAACCCUUAGAUAAUGUGGAUGGUGAGGAAGUCCGUGUCACUCAUGAUGUUAGUGACAACCCUAACUGUGAGGCUGAAACAGUAGACCUGGAGUGGAAAUAUGUUUAUCAGAAGAGGCUGGCUUUGGAAAGGGAAUUAGCUCAGAAUGUCCUGGAAUGUAAGGAUAUUAUGGAUCUUAUUCAAGAGGCUGGUUUAAUGAAGACUGUGACUCAGUUCUCAAAGUGCUAUGAGAUGUUGGCAAAGGAAUUUAUUGUUAAUGUGUCUGAAGAAUGUGCUGAUGGGAAGUCUAAGGAAUUCAAGAAAGUGUAUGUGCGAGGCAAGUGUGUAAAUUUCUCUCCCUCAGUGAUCAACAAGUAUUUGGGAAGGCCUGAUGUAGCUCAACCUGAGCUUGAGGUGCCCACCAAUCAUAAAUCUACAGUUGCUGUAAUGCUUGGAAAGUUUAUAUAUGCUGUUGGAACCAAAGCCAAAUUUGACUAUGGAUCCUAUAUUUUUGAUCAAACUUUGAAGCAUGCAGGAAGCUUCAGUGUGAAGGGGCCUAUAGCCUUUCCUUCUCUCAUUUGUGGUAUUGUUUUGAAUCAGUUUCCAAACAUCUUAACAGAGAAUGAUUCUGUGAAGAAAAGAGACAACCCUUUGUCCUUCAAUCAUAAGCUGUUCCUAGGUACCCAUGUUCCUGACAUUGUCAUGAUAACAGGUGAGACAUCACGUGUAAGCAAUCAACCAGGUAAAGCUGCUGUCAUUGCAAUGCUCAAAGAAACUUGCAAGGAGUUAGAGGCAAGGAAGCUGAACUUGGAAAAAUUAAUUAGCAAGUUGGAGAUGACUGAAGGUGAUGUGCUUGGUGAAGCUGUUGUUGCUGCAGAAGGAGCUGAGAGACAAGGUGAAGAGGGAGAAGCAGAUGCCAGUCCUGAUGAGGGCACAGAUGAUGAUGCUGACUCUGAGUCAGAUGACUAG